AUCAUUCUAGGCACAUUGCUGGCAGCGCUGGUGCCGGUGGUGGGCUUCAACGCAGUCAUGACGUCUGAACACUUCGGAGGGUUCCUGGUGUUUGUGGUGCUGCCCGUUGCUGCUCUCAGGUACUACACCAAGGCACUGCUGCUGCUGUUCCUAUACGCUGUUGUCAACCCCCUUCCCCCAAUGUCGUUCUGCCUCUGCCCUCCCUCUCUCCCCUUCAGUCGACUCAAAAGUCAACUCUCUCCCCUUCAGGUGUUUGUGGUGCUGCACAUCGCUGCACUCAGCUACUACAUCAAGGCUCUGCUGCUACCUUUUUUCAGUUUCUCCUCAUCUCUCCCCGUGCAACCUCAUCCUUCUCCCCUUAACCUUCAGGUGUUUGUGGUGCUGCACAUCGCUGCACUCAGCUACUACAUCAAGGCUCUGCUGCCCGCUAAGGCCUUCCGCAUUGCUCUCACCCUCAUCGUCUCGGUCGGCACGGUGGCGGCAGUGGCGCUGCUAUCUGCCCUCGUCGCCAUGGUGCUCGCCAGUCCCACGCUGGGCUGGACUGGCCGCUCCCUCAGCCUUCUCGACCCCACGUACGCCUCCAAGUACAUCCCCAUCAUCGCCAGUGUGAGCGAGCACCAGCCGCCCAUGUGGACGUCCUACUUCAUGGACCUGCAGCUGCUCGCCUUCCUCGCCCCCGCUGGACUCAUUGCGUGCUUCCUGCCGCUCACAGAUGCAAGCUCCUUUGUGGCCCUCUACCUUGUCGUCUCUGUUUACUUCUCUGGAGUCAUGGUCCGUCUGAUGCUGGUGCUGGCGCCAGCAGCGUGCAUCACGGCGGGCAUCGCAGUGAGCGCUCUCUUUGACGUGCUCACUCGCUCCGUCAAGGCCUCUAUUGCCGAGCUUAUCGACCUGGCGUAUGCUGCUGCCAAGCAGGACAAGAGCGAGAAGGACGAGACGACUGCUGCUGCUGCUGAGGACAAGGGCGACAAGGAGGACAAUGCUGCUAGUGCCGCUGCUGCUGAGGUGAGAGAGAGGAAUAGGGCCGCCAGCAACACUGCCGAGGCGAGCCAGGCCAAGGAGCGCAAGGGGGGAGCGGGGAAGAAGAAGAAGGGCAAGGAGGGCGAGGGGGAGGGGGGGGAGUCUGACGAGGAACCUGCAGCCAGGGCUGGGGCCGCUGAAAAGAAGAAGGGGGUGAAGGGGAAGGGGAAGGGGAAGUGGGGGAAGGAGGGGGGGAAGGAGAAGGAAAAGGCGAAGGGGAAGUUUCCGUUGGUGGUGCCCGGCGAUGCGGCAGCGGUGGGCAUCAUUCUCAUGCUCGUCGGCCUUGCCUUUUACACCAUGCACUGUGUGUGGGCAGCAGCAGACGCGUACUCAGCGCCAUCUAUUGUGCUCUCCUCGCCCACCCAAGACGGAGGGCAGUACAUUUUUGAUGACUUUCGUGAAGCGUAUGGGUGGCUGCGCCACAACACGGACGUUAACGACAAGGUGGCGUCCUGGUGGGAUUAUGGUUACCAGACAACAGCCAUGGCGAACCGCACAGUCAUUGUUGAUAACAACACGUGGAACAACACGCACAUCGCCACUGUGGGCAUGGCCAUGUCAUCCAGGGAGAAGGACGCGUGGGCGAUUUAUCGCUCCAUCGACGUCAAAUAUGUCGGCGAUGGGGUACACACGCGUGAGAGUUCAAACACGUGGAACAACAUGCACAUCGCCACUGUGGGCAUGGCCAUGUCAUCAAGGGAGAAGGACGCCUGGGCGAUCUAUCGAUCCAUCGACGUGAAAUAUGUGUUCGUGGUGUUCGGAGGUAGACUAAGGCAUGGUGGGCUAUCCCUGUAUCCCUGUGACGACAUCAACAAGUUCCUCUGGAUGGUGCGGAUUGCAACACAUGAACCAUCCCGCCUGCUCGCCCCCCCGCUUCCCCUUCUUUUGCUCUUCCACCUCCUGUGUCUCACAGGCAUGGUGGGGUACCCCAGCGACAACAUCAACAAGUUCCUCUGGAUGGUGUGCAUCGCAACACCUGCACCACUCACAACAUUCCCCCCUCUCUGCGCUCUCUUCUGCCAACCACCAUGCCUGUCCCCCUACCCCACAGGCAUGGUGGGCUAUCCCAGCGACGAUAUCAACAAGUUCCUCUGGAUGGUGCGGAUCGGAGGCGGGGUGUUUCCGCGGAUCAGGGAGCCUGACUACCUGAACAACGGCAACUACCGGGUGGAUGGAGAGGCCACCAGCACCAUGCUCAACUGCCUCAUGUACAAGCUCUCCUACUACAGGUUCGCAGAGGUGGACGGGAGGGGCUUUGACCGGGUGAGGCGCACGGAGAUAGGCAAGAAGAACAUCAAGCUCACUCACUUUGAGGAGGUGUUCACGUCGCAGCACUGGAUGGUCCGCAUUUACCGCCUCAAGGAGCCCAGAAAUCGGCCUCGCGGGACUGGCAAGAGGCUCACACGCGUCUCCGAGCUGCACGCGAAGCUGCAGGAGGUGGUUCCGCAGCAGCAGGAGCGCAUUCGGCAGAUCAAGUCGCACUACGGCAACCUGUCCAUGGGCAAGGUCACCGUCAACAUGGCGAUCGGAGGAAUGCGAGGGGUGAAGGGGUUGGUGUGGGAGACGUCACAGCUCGACCCCGAGCAGGGCAUCAAGUUCCGCGGGUACAGCAUCCCCGAGUGCCAGCACCUGCUGCCCAAGGCCGUGAUAGACGGCGAGCCCAUGCCCGAGGGGCUGCUCUGGCUGCUGCUCACCGGCGAGGUGCCCACCAGAGAGCAGGCGGCCACAGUGACGCAUGAGCUGCACGAGCGAGCCAAGAUGCCUGAGUACGUGCACACGGUGCUGAACGCCCUCCCCCGAGACAUGCACCCCAUGACGCAGCUGCCCAUCAGUGUGAUGGCUGUUUCCAAACAACCCUUCCUCUCUUCCACUCCUCCACCCCCUGCACACCCCUUCAGAGUACGUGCACACGAGUACGUGCACACGGUGCUGAACGCCCUGCCCCGCGACAUGCACCCCAUGACGCAGCUGUCCAUCGGUGUGAUGGCUCUGCAGAAGGGCAGCCGCUUCGCACGCGCGUACCACGAGGGCAUGCCCAAGAGCAAGUACUGGCACCUGGCUUAUGAGGACGCCUUGGAUCUCAUUGCCACGCUGCCCCAGGUGGCAGCCCACAUCUACAGGCACACGUUCAAGGACGGCAAGAUCAUCCCGCCCAAUGAGAAGCUCGACUAUGCCGCCAACUUCGCACACAUGCUAGGAUUUAGCGACCCCCAGUUCCACGACCUCAUGCGCCUCUACCUCACCAUCCACGCCGAUCACGAGGGAGGCAACGUCAGCGCACAUGCCACCCACCUGCCCACUUCCCCUCCCCCCAACUCCUCAUCAUCACACUCAACCACGGAAAAACCACAACCCUACCUCUCCCCCCCCAUCCUUUUCCCUCCAUCCCCACCUCUCAACUCCUCAUCUUUCUCCCCUUCUCCCCAACUCUCUCCUCCUCUCCAUCUCCUCCUCAACCCUUUUCUCUCCCCAUCUCCUCCCCGCGUUGCUUCCCAUCCCAACAUGUGGGCAGCGCCCUGUCAGACCCUUACCUCUCCUUUGCGGCUGGCAUCAACGCCCCUUCCUCCUCGUCCCUUUUCUCUCUUUUCUUGGGCGUCCCCCCCUCCCCAACAGGUGGGCAGCGCCCUCUCCGACCCCUACCUCUCCUUUGCGGCUGGCCUCAAUGGUCUCGCGGGUCCUCUGCACGGCCUCGCCAAUCAGGAGGUGCUGCGGUGGUUGGAAGAAGUCAAGGCGGACGUUGGGGAGGAAGCAGGCAAGGACGAGCUGAGGGACUUCGUGUGGCGCACGCUGCAGAGCGGCAAGGUGGUGCCGGGCUACGGCCAUGCUGUGCUGAGGGUCACCGAUCCCCGCUACAGCUGCCAGCGCCAGUUUGCUCUCAAGCACCUCCCUCACGACCCCACGUUCAAGCUGGUGAGUGGAGUUCCCAAGGUGGUGCCGGGGUAUGGCCACGCUGUGCUGAGGGUGGCAGAUCCGCGCUACAGCUGCCAGCGCCAGUUCGCGCUCAAGCACCUGCCUCACAAUCCCACCUUCAAGCUGGUGAGUAAUUCCCAAGGUGGUGCCGGGGUAUGGCCGCACGCUGCAGAGCAGCAAGGUGGUGCCGGCCAAGGUCACGCAGUGCUGAGGUUGACCGACCCCCGCUACAGCUGCCAGCGCCAGUUCGCGCUCAAGCACCUGCCGCACGACCCCACCUUCAAGCUGUCUUUUAUUUGGAGUUCCCAAGGUGGUGCCAGGCUAUGGACAUGCCGUGCUGAGGAUGAUCAAUUCCAGCCCAGUUCGCCCUCAAGCGCCCCCUCACAGCGCCCCCUCACAGCGCCCCCUCACAGCGCCCCCUCACAGCGCCCCCUCACAGCGCCCCCUCACAGCGCCCCCUCACAGCGCCCCCUCACAGCGCCCCCUCACAGCGCCCCCUCACAGCGCCCCCUCACAGCGCCCCCUCACAGCGCCCCCUCACAGCGCCCCCUCACAGCGCCCCCUCACAGCGCCCCCUCACAGCGCCCCCUCACAGCGCCCCCUCACAGCGCCGUUACCACUGAUUCUCCUGCUCAUUGUCUCCUUCUGCACCAAAUUUCCCCCUCCCUCCCUCAGGUAUCCAACCUCUACAAGGUGGUGCCCCAUAUUCUCCUCGAGACGGCCAAGGCAAAGAACCCCUGGCGCAACGUGCACUCCCUUCAUCUCCGUUCCUCCCUUAUUCCACCCCAUCCCCUCCUCCCUCUGCUGCAGGUAUCCAACCUCUACGAGGUGGUGCCGCAUAUUCUCCUCGAGACCGGCAAGGUCAAGAACCCCUGGCCCAACGUGGACGCGCACAGCGGCGUGCUGCUGCAGCACUACGGGCUCACCGAGGCCAGCUACUACACCGUUCUCUUCGGUGUCUCACGAGCCAUGGGAGUGCUCUCUCAGGUGGGUCUGUUGCUCUCAGGUGGGUCUGUUGCUCUCAGGUGGGUCUGUUGCUCUCAGGUGGGUCUGUUGCUCUCAGGUGGGUCUGUUGCUCUCAGGUGGGUCUGUUGCUCUCAGGAGCAUCGCCCUCUGGACACACACAUUCCAUCACUAUCUCUAACCCGCUCGCAUUCCUCCUUCUCUUUCCCCUACCUGCAGCUUGUGUGGGACUGCGCCCUGGGCUUCUUCAUCGAACGCCCCAAGAGCAACACGCUCGACUGGAGUUCAAUCACCGUCCCAACACCCUUUCUUUCCUGCUCCCCCCCCCCCGUGUACCCCCCUCCAUCUCUCUCCCUCACUGCAGCUUGUGUGGGAUCGCGCCCUGGGCUUCUUCAUCGAGCGCCCCAAGAGCAACACGCUCGACUGGAGUUAAAUCACCAUCCCAACACCCUUUCUUUCCUGCUCCCCCCCCCGUGUACCCCCCUCCAUCUCUCUCCCUCACUGCAGCUUGUGUGGGACCGCGCCCUGGGCUUCCCCAUCGAACGCCCCAAGAGCAUCACACUGGACUGGAUCGAGGAGUUUGCUUCGGACAAGGCACAUAAGGAGGAGCAGCACGCGCACGAGCACAAGCACUAG